GGUGGUUCGAGGCUCCGGGUCGGGGUUCAGGAGAGCGAGCGCCUCGCCACAGUCGCCCCUCGCCAACAGUACCAAACGUAAACUAUGGAUGCGAGGUCGCUCGGCCCCGAAUUUAUCAGAACAGACCAAGUGACUGAUCUGUGGUCUUUUCUCCAGACCAUUGACUGGAGUGAAGGAUGGCUGGUUGGACUUGUAGUUUUUCACAUUUUCCUCACCACGUUCACAGUGAUGACUCGCAAUCAUCAUACUACACAAGCUGUUCUUUUCUUCUUGCUACUUCUGACAGUACGCUCCUCAGAGACCAUAAAUCAAUAUGCAGCUAAAAACUGGCAGUCCUUCAGUCGUCAACAAUACUUUGACUCGCAAGGAUUGUUCAUCAGUGUCGUUUUCUCAAUGCCUGUUCUCUUCAACUGUAUGAUGAUGGUGAUAAACUGGCUAUGGCUGAGCAGUAGCAUGAUGGUCACCUGGAAGCGAGCUGAAUUAGAGGCCAAGUUACGGAGCGAUACAAAGAGACAAAACGAGUUGGGGAAAAGCAGUACAACCAGUCAAGAAGCCCCACCCAAUGAGCCAGCAGCAGAAAGCAAGAAGAGUAAAUGAAUGGUUUGUAAGUUAGGUGUCUAGAAAUUGGUUUAGACUGGACAACUUAAAUUGCAACUUAAAACCACUGUGUCUUUGGUUAUUACACUGCACCAUUAUAACUUUUGGCCUGUGUCCCCAUAAUUGGAGUUUAAGAGCUGCUUUUAUUAUAUGUUUUAAGCUAAAUGUUUUAUCUUUAAUCUUUUAUCAGAUAAUGUGUUUGGAUCACUAGAUGACAGCAAAACAAAAUUAUACAAAUUUCAUUUAUAACAUAUAAUACAGUAAAAUAAAAAUCUUCUUUAUUUGGUGUGUUUUGCAUUAGCAAUAUUGAUACUUUUUUGUAAUUUAUUAUUCAAUUUUGAUAUUUAUUGUAUUUACUGUACAUAGGUCUUGGUCACAGUUGACUGAUACCAUAUGAACAUAGUUUCAUAACACUGUAAAAAUAAAAACUGUAUAUUAUACUGUACAAUAUAUGGCAAAUAUUUUAGUUAUUUAAGCACUAUAGUUUAAAUGAUAGUAGCAUUCAUUCUUUGAUGUAAACAAUUUUUUAAAAUUAAGAUUUAUAAAAUGACAAUUUGUGGAUUCAUUUCAUUCUAGUGGCUGUUAGUAGAUUUUUUUGUUUUUUGUUUUUUGCUUUCAGAAUUUGAUAGUGUAGGCAGCGUGUCUUGAUGUAAGCGUGUAGAAGCCUCGGUCAUAAAAAUUAUAUUUUGUAAACAUGACUGCUGUUAAAAAAAAAGGUAAAGGUUAUGUAUAUAUAGUCAUAGAUGUAUCCCAGUGAGAGUGUUGCAUACAGUGUAGUGCAGUCAAAUUUGAGUAUCUGACAUUUUCACAUUCAACACGAGAUUCAACCUUUCAUAACCAAAAUGCAUGUUUGGGCAAUUUACACUCGAGCACACACGCACACUCGCGCACACUAUCUCGUUGAAAUUCAAUAUACAGUAUAAUGAAACUGACAAAGAA